AUGGCGCCUCCCACAGCGAGCGGUGGGUCUGGAGGGGAUUCUCGUGGUGAGGAAACUACUGAGGAAUCGGCCAGCAGGACUGCCAUCCGUUUCCAAGAACCUGAGAAAGACUCUUCUUCUAGUUUCGAUUCGUCAGAAAGUGUCGGCACAGGAGGCAGUGAUGACACGCUGCGAGAAUGCGAUGCGUGUGAUGCGCGGGACUCUGAAACCACUGAGCAACCUGCCAAAGAAUCUCCUAAGCAAAAAGUCAUACCUAGCCUUGUUGCAGACACAUUAAGAUGUACAGCCCCGUACGGCUUAGUUCAGAGCCCUAGUUGGUCUUUACCACCGCUUGCAGCGAGAGAUGUCAGGGCUGAGCAGCAGAGGAGGCGCCGCGGCCCACCACCAAUCCUACACUCCUUAGUAAGCGACCGUGAGCAAAGGCCCGGCGAGUCCGAUACCCGGAGAAGGAGAAGCAGCCGUCAGAAAUCUCUCUCAACACUCCAGCGCAUACCUACUUCAGAAUCAGCCGUUCCCAAACACGUGAACUUUCUGUACGACACGUACAUGAGCAACUCGCCUUCAGCAGCUGAUCGCCCUACUAAGGGAGAUGCCAGCUCCGCUGGAGUGGUGGAGACUCUGAUGGCAGUGCACACUGAAAAUGAAAAUUCGGCAGCACAGAAUCAGGAUUUAGAUGAAAAUGGCUACGCGGACUUGACAAAAGUGAAAACAGAGCGAGACGCCGUGGCGUUCUUCGCUCGGCACGGAAGCACAACCAAAACUAAGUUCCUCUUCUGCAAUAGGGCGCCCACCGACCCGCUAGAGUUCGAACCCUACAAACUCGUCGUUGUGCCACAAAAUCAAGUCAACCCCGAGCAUUUCACUAUAUCGGAAACUGCAGUAAUGCACAUUUGCCCGGGAAAACCAUCAGAGUGUUUUCGGCAAGACGAGUGGAUGCGGCAAGCGUUUGUUCACUCCCUUCUACGAACCCUUCCGUUUUUCAAGACAUUCGUUGCCAGAAAGGUGUUGUGCCUAUGGAGUUAUGCGUCGAGAAAACACGUAUUCGAAGAGCGAAGAGAAAUGCUGUGCAGAACGCUGUUUAUAGCAAAGCCUAUUUACUGUGAACACCUCCAACAAAUUCAUAAGGUCCUCGCCGGUGUCAGCGAAGUCAAAUUAGUUGAGUUACAGCCUGGACUGUACGACAUCACCCAGUUUACUGCGCAGCAGAACACUGUGCGCUCGGACCCGAAGAUUGGAGCGAGCAAAGCGUUGGAGGUCAAACAAACGGAAGCACGGGCUUUGCUCGUCGAACUGAUGCAAAAGCUCCAGGAGGCAACGCAGCUGCCAGAAGUGGACCCGAUGCACGCUUGCUCUUCCAGUAAGGGAAAAUCAAUCUUUCAGGCAAAGCGAGAAGCAGUGGAACAACAGCGACUUAUCCGUCAGGCGUACAAGAACCAGGCGCUCUUCGGGCAGUUCAUCCUUCUAAUAGAUCUCAUUUUCACCAUGCGACUAGCCAAGGCCGUCACCAAGGCGGCAGCGACGAUGUUGGAGCGCCUCGGCACGGAGGAAACUUGUGCAAAACUGUUUUCUGUACAUGUUUGCUUCGGCAGCACAAAAGUAGAACUCGACCCGGGCCGUCCGGCUUUCGUUUCUAUGCACCACGAGUGGUGGGAAGGAAUUGUUUCCACCGUCAGUAGCGUUAUACUACUUAGCCAAAGCCGCCAAUUUGAAGACUCAGUUGUACAAGGUCCUCCACUGAGUUUGGAAUCAUUGCUCACCCAGUCAAAGCAUCUGCAGCUCAUGAAGAAACGAAUUGAAGAGAGGAUCUUAAAGGACUUUGACCGUGCACAGAAAUAUUCCGAAUCGUAUUUUGGAAUAUACCGGCAGAUAUAUGAGUAUGGACAGAAUUGGGAUGAGACAGCGUUCGCUGACUCAGUCAGCGGGCACGAUGAAUUGUCCACCGAGAUGGAGCUCAUUUCAGAGUUUGAAGAGAAGCUUGACAAACUUAACCCACUCCACGUUGUUGGUCUGUUCUCAAUAGAGGCACGGAGCCUCAAGUCGUCACUGCAGCCUGUUACGGAGAAGGCGCUUACUUUCAUGAAACGGCUCCUGUGGAAACUCAUGAAGGAGCACGUACGAAGCACCGCCAGCCGCUUCGAAUCCAUAAACAAACGUCUAGACGAACGGCCAACGAAGCUGGUCCCAUUUGCUUCUUUCGUGAGCAGUUGCAACGAGAUUAAGGCGCAAAUCGAAGACCUGGAUCGGGAUAAGGCAGCUGCCGAAGAAAUGUUUUCUUUGUUGAAGCAAUACGGUGUCCGCUUAGCCGUUGAAGACACGAUUCAGCUUGAAAACAUGUUGAAGAGUGCAAAUGAGUUUGAGUCGUUCAAGCUGCUAGAUGCAGCGGAACAUAUAAGGAACAAUCUGCAGACAAUGAAGGUCGAGCUAAGGACAAAGAGAGAAGAGGUUGAGAAAGAGAUGCAGGAGCUUAACAAACUAGUCAAAGACGAGGAAUUUACGAAGCUAGAGGCACUGGACGACCCAACAAGGUCUUACGAGCAGUUGAAAGCAUACGAAGAGCGCAUCAACUUCGCGUAUGGCAAGGCCGAGACCCUGAGAGGUAUGGCGGAGCUCCUGGCUCCAGAGGCUCCUGCCGUCAUAUCCAAGGAAACCGAAGAAACGCUCCGCCUCAUCAAGCCCAAAGUUGAAAUGUGGCACCAGAUCUGUUCAUGGCAGAGCAGUACGGAUAAGUGGCUUGGCGUGCCGUUGGCUUCAUUGGAUGCUGAAGAAAUCGAGGUGGGGAUAAAGAAGUUUUUAAAGGAAGCUUGUAUAGCUCUGCAGAAUUUUCCUGGAGACCCCGUUGCAGCAGAAUUUAAAAAGGAAGUCGAAGGCUGGCUGUCCCGCCUGCCGCUCAUUUUGGACUUGGGGAAUACUGCACUUAAGCGGCGACACUGGGAAACUAUCUUUGAUGAACUCAAGAUUCCCGGAACAGAAGAGUCAACAUGCUUGAGACAACUGGAACAAAUGGACAUAUUUUCUAAACGCGAUUUUAUUAACGAAAUAUCCACUCUUGCAUCGGUGCAACAGUCUCUAGGCCAGACGAUGGACAAGAUAACAGAGGUCUGGGAAGCGAGAGAGCUAUUGGUAAAGCCAUUUGAUGAAGACCCAAAUGCCUUUAUCCUUGGGGAUAUAAGCGAGUUGCUCUCUAUCGUAGAAGAUCACCAAAUAUCUGUGCAACGCAUGCUGCAUAACCCUUAUGUGGGAGUUCUUAAGGAGAAGGUGGAAUUUUGGGCUGGGAAGCUUGACAUAGCGCAACAGGUCUUGGAGGAGUUGGCACAACUGCAACGCCAAUGGAUCGGUCUACAGAGCAUUUUCGGCAACGUGGAGGCCCUCGAACAGCUCCCUGAUGAUGCAGAGGCAUUUGAGCGUGUCGAUGGCUUUUGGAGAGCGUACCUCAGGAGAAUUCGAGGGGAACAAUCUAAUGUCAUAACAGUUGUGCAGGAAGAAGGCCUUCAAGAACUCCUUGCGGAUAAAAAUGCAAUAUUAGCUGCAGUGCAGCGCAAGCUGGAGGACUACCUUGAUCUGAAGCGGAUGGCCUUUCCCAGGUUCUAUUUCCUGUCUAGAGAGGAGCUGAUCAAAAUUGUAUCCAAGGCCAAACAACCGAACGCGUUGCAGCACAGCUUUCAGAAGUGCUUUGAUGGAAUUCGCGCGGUUGCUGUAGCAUCAAACGGGACAACGGUAGAGGGUCUUUUCUCUGGGGACGGGAAUAAACUAGACCUGGAUUCGCCUGUCAGCGCUCUUGCUCCCGUCGAGCAAUGGUUCGCCGCGCUCGAAGGCGCCAUGAUAGCAACUUUGAAGCGCCACUUAAAGGUCACAAUACAAAGCCGAGCUGGAGGGCAGGACACGCAACAUUGGCUUUAUGAGCACCCUGCCCAGUGCAUAUUGACUGCAGCAAUGAUUCAGUGGUGCUCCAACACAGAACAUGCACUACAACUCAUACAGUCAGAAGGACAGAACGCAGCUUUCGAAGAUUGUCUGAAGGAUACGAACAAGGAAAUUCAGCUGCUUGCGCUGCUCAAUGCACAGACAGAGGAUUCAUCAUCUCAAACAUUAGCCCAAUCUCUUCUUGUUUUGAUGGUCCAUGCCCGCGACAUCCUUAAUUCUCUGCACCAAUCAAAGAACAUAGGCCCUUCAUGCUUUGAAUGGACAAAGCAGCUGCGUUACUACUGGCACAAUGAGGAUGAAGACUGCGAUAUAGAACAACUCCAAGCAAAGUUCCGGUAUAGGCAUGAGUACCUUGGCUGUGCUUCGAGACUUGUGAUCACUCCGCUUACUGACAAGUGUUUCAUGACGGUUACGUCCGCCUUGCAUCUUGGGUACGGGGGGGCGCCUGCAGGGCCGGCUGGAACAGGCAAGACGGAAACAGUAAAGGACCUGGCAAAAGCCCUUGGGUUGCCUUGCCUCGUAUUUAACUGUUCGAAAGAAUUGGACCAUCAUGUAAUGUCACGCUUGUUCAGAGGCCUCGCUCAAACUGGGGCAUGGGCCUGUUUUGACGAAUUCAAUAGGAUUGACAUAGAGGUUUUAUCAGUCGUUGCUCAACUUCUCCUGAAAAUCCAGACGGCCAUACGCGCUCAGAAGGAAAUUAUUGAAUUUGAUGGAGGGAGUACUCGUGUCGAUAACAGGCAAGCGAAUGGAAGAGUUCAUACCCAGCUGUUUCCAGGCUCCUUCACAGAGCGACUACCUGUGAAUGCGGGCGGACUCUUCCACUGCUUACCGAUUUCAAUGGUCAAGCCAGACUUGACGCUAAUUGCCGAGGUCAUCCUGCUUGCCAACGGCUUUAUCACUGCAAGCGAAUUGGCAACCAAGGUCGUGCAGGUUUUCUCCAUCGCAAGUGCUUUACUUAGCCAGCAAACGCAUUACGACUGGGGACUAAGAGCGAUGAAAGCCGUGCUGGUAAAUGCUGGGGAAGUGAAGAAGAGAGAACCUGGGCUGGAUGAAACAGCUGCCAUGAUGCAUGCGCUUCGGUCUAUUGUGCCCCGACUUGUCAUGGAUGAUGUGCCGGCAUAUUUAGGCCUUGUUGCUGAUAUGUUCCCCCAGCAUCCAGUACCGGGACCAUCUGACGAUCCUUUAAAACUUGCAUUUGAAAAAACUCUCCAAGAGCAGCAUCUUCAGCCUUUACCUAGGUUUGUGGAGAAAGCAAUGCAACUAUAUCAGACCCAACAGCUCAGGCAUGGCAUCCUGGUGGUGGGAGCUCCAGGAGCCGGGAAAUCAACACUGAUCCUCGGUUUAUCAACGGCAUUAUCCCAACUUAGUGCCAAGACUGAGACUGAAUCAACUGCUGAGAAUGAUCAUUAUGACGGCAUGAGGGUCAACGGCAAUUGUGAUGUGUUACGGGUAAACCCCAAAGCAAUGGAGGAGACGCUGCUCUUUGGCAGGUUGGACCCCAACACCACCGAGUGGCUUGACGGAAUCGUAGCAGCACGGGUGAGGGACGCCCUUGCCUCACAAAACAUUGCCCACAGUUGGCUUGUCCUUGACGGACCUUUAGAUCCAAACUGGGCAGAGAACUUAAACUCUGCUCUAGACGACAACAAGAUCCUAUGUCUUAGCAAUGGCGAGCGCAUUCUCCUGCCGAGCAACCUUAAGUUUUUCUUCGAAGUUGCCGACUUGGGAGCUGCUUCCCCCGCAACGGUUAGCAGAUGUGGAACUGUAUUCAUCGAGCCUGAGCAUCGAGGUUGGAGGCCGUUGUUUCAGUCGUGGAGACAAUCAUUUGAGGUGAAGAAAAACAAAUUCGCAUCGUAUGCGCCUCAAAUUGAGAGCUGGUGUAUCUCUACUUUCCAAAAGGCUCUCGAGUACAUACGUGCGAACUGCAAGUUGUCGAUGCCAUGGAGCGAUUCAUUACUUGCAGCAUCAGUCUGCCGCAUCCUUACCGCUGCGCUAAGUAAAGAGUCUCCGCAGCACAUACCCACAGAGCACACUGCAGAAUUGGCACCUAUGUACUUCGUUGUCGCACUAGCGUGGGGUGUUGGAGGACACCUUGGUGACGCACAGAGAGCUGGUCUCUCAAAAGCCAUGCUACCAGACCUUUGCAUGAUAUGCAAGCAACUUGAGUGCCUGUUGCCUUCCACAACCAUUUAUGACGUCAUGCCUGACGCUUCUACAUUGAAGCUGAAGACUUUCGACUCAAUGAUCCAGAAAUAUGUAUUGGAAGGGGGAGUAACAGCUAGCGGCAUCUUCGUACCAACGGCCCGGACAGUUGCUAACUCAUUCAUUCUGCGUACAUUAGUGGACGGCGGAUACGGAUGUUUACUUACUGGAAAACCCGGCACUGGCAAGACUUCACAUCUCCAACAGUGCAUGAAAAAUCCGGGCACCUCAAAUGUUUGCUGUAAACUGGCGUUGGCACAUAGGACUACGACAGACGACGUAGAGGAUUUUUUGAUGACCCGAUUUGUGAAGCGGCACCGACGGUCGUUGGGACCUCGGUAUGGCUCUCGCAUGUUGUUUUUAAUUGACGACCUCGCCUUACCUGUCCCGGACACAUUUGGUGCACAAAGGCCUCACCAGUUAUUGAGACAAAUUGUCGAGUAUGGAGGCUUUUACGAACGUACUCGUUUCCAGUUUAUUCAUGUUGAAGACACAAGUACUGUUCUUGCUGGUGCAACGGACGUAGCAGGAUCACGGACAGACAUGCGGCUCCUCCGGCACUUUAACGUUUUGUUCCAAGACGAAUUUUCUUCAGAAGAUACGAAGCACAUCUUUACCCAAGUCUUGCAAGGAGCAUGGGCACGAAGUCUGCCGGCCUUCCUUGGUUGUGCUGAAGACAUCAUUGAAGCCACAGUUGCUGCAUAUGAGCGGAUCACGGAACAUUUGCUCCCGACGCCUCUCAAAUGCCACUACAUCUUUACCAUCCGAGAUAUUUCAAGAGCGUUAGAAGUCAUGCUCAUGGCAGAUACUAGUAAACUUAAAACAAUAACGGAUAUUGCACGGGGAGAUCCUUGGUUUAGCCAUGACCCGCAGUAUACUAGUAUUUGUUUAGCGUGUGCACCAACUGCAGGGGAGAUCCUUGGGCUGUUUGACCAGUCGGAUAGAGAAAAACUUUCGUUUCAAGGCAAGAUGCCGUCGUCUGCCUGGCUUGUUGAGUGGCUGUACGCUUAA